AUGUUUACUAUGAUGAUUUAUGUUCAUUGUCAAUGGCGACCUCCUAUCAAUCAAGCCGAAUACGAUAGUUAUGGAUCACUUUUAGCAAUGAAUGAACAUCUAGCUAUUUUCGCACAAAACGAUAAAUCACAGUUUUCUAUUAUUACAAAUCCAACUACACCAGCAUUAUCACAUUACUGUUCAGCACGCUAUAUUACUAUAGAGCACUAUCCAAAGUCAUGGACCUAUUUCAUUUACAGUCUUGCAAUUGGAGCUAAACAGAAUAGUACUCAACUUUAUUUUGCCUACAUUGAUGAAGACUGGAGAAACGAUGUCUUUUUGAGCGUUGUUCGCUUUGAAAAACGUGACUCAGGAUGUGUUGCAAUAGACGCCUAUUUUUCGAUAUAUCUUGGAACAGAAUAUAUGCGUGAAAGUUGUAUUGUCGGCAUGGAUCCUUAUGGAAAACGAGCUUAUGCGGUUGGAGUAUUUUAUACUAUCUUCGUCGACAUAGAAACCGGUCAAGAAUAUAUAGUCUAUCAUUCGGAUUUGCACGGUGGUUUAUCUUAUUUUCAGAUCUUCUUUCCAAAAGCUAUGGUUGUUACUGAUGACAAUCAACUAUUUAUUGUUGGUCAAAGGCAGAUUUCUUCAGAAUAUCAUCCGUAUUUGUAUUUAUUCGAUUUUUCCGAUAUCUCAAUGGUUACUUAUCACACAAGUAUUGAACUGUCGACUUUCAAUUAUGGACAGGAAGCUAUCAAUAUGAAUCGUUACACAUUCAUGUCUAUUUCAAUUAAUGAACGCUCUCGAAAGGUGCUUGUUGGUAUUCCAUCUUUAGACAUGAUUGUAUUUUUGACUUACAAUGUAACCAAUUAUGUAAUGAUUGCCGGUUAUCAUGUUUUAAAUAAAACUGGUACAGGAUAUGGCAAAUCAGUCACGUUACUUGAUAAUCACACUUAUGCUGUACUCGCUUAUGAAUUGCCAACUUUACCAUGGUCUACAUCACAAAUACAGGUUAGGAGAAAUAUCAGAUCAACAUUUGUAUGA